CUAAAGCAUCCACGACCACAAUCACAAGCUACACAAGGUCCAGAAGGGUAGGCUGAAUAGACAUGGCCCAGCAACAGCAGCAGUAUGGUACAACGCCGCCCAUCUCUAUGGCAGGACCCACAGAUGCAGAAACCGCCAUCAACAAUGAGAUGAUUCAAGAGCUCAAGCGCCAAGGCACCUUCGAGUCGCAGGCAGAGUCAGACCUGCGUGUCAAAGUUCUCAACGAGCUACAGAAACUUGCCCUCGAAUUUGUUACAAAAGUAGGCGUUAGCAAGAAUAUGCCGCUGCAAGUCGCCAAGGAAUCAGGCGGCAAGAUUUUUACCUAUGGGUCCUAUAGACUCGGUGUCUACGGUCCAGGCUCUGAUAUCGAUUCGCUGGUGGUUGCGCCGCGCCAUGUACAGCGCGAUGAUUUCUUUGCCGUCUUUGAACCGCUCUUGCGUGCUCGUAGCGAGGUGACAGAGCUCGCGUCUGUGCCAGAUGCUUUUGUCCCCAUCAUCAAGAUGAAGUUUUCGGGCAUCUCCAUCGAUCUCAUCUUUGCGAGACUAGCCCUUCCUGCUGUACCGCUCGACCUCGAACUCACAGACAAUAAUUUGCUGCGCAACCUAACAGAGACAGAUGUUCGAUCACUCAACGGCACGCGUGUCACAGACGAGAUCUUGCGAGUCGUGCCAAACGCCAAUGUUUUCAAGCACGCACUGCGUAGCAUCAAACUCUGGGCGCAACGGAGAGCCAUUUACUCCAACGUCAUGGGCUUCCCUGGCGGUGUAGCUUGGGCCAUGCUUGUUGCGCGCAUUUGUCAGCUCUACCCAAAUGCAGUAAGUUGUGUCAUUGUGGCCAAGUUCUUCCGUAUCCUAGGACAGUGGAACUGGCCACAACCAGUCCUACUCAAGAAUAUCGAGGAAGGGCCGUUGCAAGUGAGAGUAUGGAAUCCAAAGCUCUACCAUGGCGACAAAUCACAUCGUAUGCCCAUCAUUACACCUGCCUAUCCGAGUAUGUGUGCAACACACAAUAUUUCAGCGAGUACGCAUACUGUAAUUCUGCAAGAGAUGGGUCGAGCCAUGGAGAUCAUGGACAAGAUCAUGCUCGAGGGUCUGGCGUGGUCUAACCUGUUUGUCAAGCAUGACUUUUUCCACCGCUACAAGAAUUACUUGUGCAUCAUUGCUGCUUCCCGGUCAGCGGAAACACAACUCAAAUGGUCUGGCUUGGUGGAGUCGAAAGUCAGACAACUCGUCAUGCGCUUAGAAAUAUCAAAUCCAAUCAAGAUUGCGCAUCCAUACGUCAAGACCUUUGAUGCCAUCAACUUUUGCGAUACAGAAGAGGAGAUGGACAGGGUUGCCAUGGGCGAACCUUCAGCAGCAGCGAAAGUGGUACCUGCUGAUUUGCAGGCUGUCGCGAAGCAAGAUGGCGUUGUCGAGGAUGCGCCGGCGGAUGGAGCCGAAAAGAAGCAAAUCUUCACAACACGUUACUACGUGGGCAUUGACAUUGACAAGAGCGACGGUGCGUACACAUCUCGGUAUGACGUGCUAACAACAGCGACCAAGAAGCUAGACAUCACCUGGGCCGCACAGGAAUUUACGGAAAAGUGCCACGAGUGGGUCAGUUACAAGGAGGAAAACAUGUCUAUCCACCUUAGACAUCUCAGAAAGUCUGUCAUCUCUCAUUAGAGGCCAAUUCACUCCCUCAGAACCACAAGACUAACAAGUUUAGCUACGAUUUGCCAGAUGAGGUCUUUGACGAAGGCGAGGCUCGGCCUCAGAAGGAAAAGAAGACCAAAAAGCGCAAAGCUGAGAAUGGCAACGAGACAAGCGAUGCGAAGCGAAAUAUUUGAGGCCCUCAAUGUGAGUUUCCGAGGAGUUUUCGAGCAUAUUGCAUGUUCGCGGUAGGCAAUGUCCUGACUAACACAAAGGAGCGCCUGCUCUCAUCUCCUGUGAUCUUCGUGAUGUGUAUCUAGUUCCGUCUGUAGCAACGGAGAAGCCUCCUUCCCUAGCACUAAUCCAUGUCAUCUUCCC